AUGCAGGAUCCAACAGGCAAACUUUUGGGUGUUUGGCCAGACGGUGUUGAGAAUGUUUCGUUAGAGGAGAUGGAUGUAGAGACACUGAUCUCUGCACGCAACUAUCGCAGAUCUCGUCGAACUCCCGCUGCUGAAGUUCACUUUGCAAACUUUGCCAUUGAGAAGCUUGAAAGUACAUUCACUUCUCACGCGGCUGAAGGAGAGUCAAGAAGGAUCGAAGAGCCAGCCUCCUCGCAUCCGUCCUCUGCAUCUACCAAGGAAGCUAGGGAGGUUCCUCUCUACUCAUCUCCAAGGAGGAAGAGCAAGACAGACGGCUCAGGGCGGGGCAACGGGCUCACGAUCAACAAGGAGAGCAUCCUGAAGCUGGAAGUCAACAAGGGCGACACAGUGAAAUUUUUGGAGCACAUCUCAAGUGAGCUCGGAGACGCCGGCAUCAUCAAGAGCAAGAGGAGGAGUUUCCCCUCGAGGACGAAGCGAAACACGUCUCCCCGAUCGAGGAGCUCACGUUCAUCUGCUCAUACUAGGAGAGCAGUCUCCACAGCCCUCAGCUCCCUCCUCCCUACAGAUCCCUCCCGAUCCUUCCCAGCUCUUUCUCCUCAGCAUCCAACUGGUGGACAGUCGGGGCUGGUCGACAGCUUCCUCUUGUCAAAGCCCAACAUUGAAAAGCAGCUUCAGUUGCUCGACGGCAAUCACACGAACUCCCCGGGUUCGCAAUCCUGGGACACGGCCGACAACUCCAAGGCGUCUAGCCCAGUCAUGUCUGACAUUCCCAGGUACGACGAAGCCAGGCUAAAGCUUGACAGGGAGGUCGAGCAGUACAACGGCAGCGAUGACCUCUACGAGACUGCUCUGCAGGCGUAUAGGAUCGACCACCUCAUCAGUCGUGCCUCCAACCCCAUGCUCAUUACCAAGUGCCACUUCUACUUCCCCGCGAGGAAGUCCGGGCAAGAGACUCUGCUGCAGCCCUCCAAGAGCGAGCAAGGCAAGGGAGAGCAGCAGCAGGCAAAGAGCAGAGGACCGUCCAGGCUCGAGGACCAGGGGGAGCUGCCGAAUCUCAAAGAGCUGUACCAGCAGGCCACCACCAUCUAUCGAGCAGAUCAAGCUCUGACCCGCACCAGCUCGAACCCCCUCAAGAUCUUUCCUCUCUCCAAGUUCCCUGCGAGGGGCAGCAACACAUCCCCCUUCAUGGCUGGCGAGGUCCCGCAGGAGGAGGCCGCCCAGGGCAAGGGCAGGGUCAGUCCCAAGAAAGUCCGGAGGCAGUUCAAGACUGGGAGGGCCCGGUCGAGGACGGCAGAGAGGAGCCUGUCUCGCGGCCUCCCGCUGUCCCCCCGGUCAUCAAGUCCGCAGGAGCACUUCAAAAUCAAGGACUGGGGCCGAGGAGGAGACUUGUUGAUGCUGGGAAAGAACGUCCUGAUGCUACCCAGCCAGCCAUAG